AUGUCAAGCACAGUUCUUAGCGACAAAAUUAGAAUUCGUUUGAAACAACGCUAUGAUAUAAUGCACAGAUAUAAAUAUUUAAACGAAGAAAUUAUUGCAAAAAUAAUUGAGAAUGUUGAAUUAGUAGAAAAGGGUUUGGAAACUUUUGAGAUGCAAUGUCGAAAUGCUGCAAUUAUCAUAUCAUCUAUAAUUAUUUGUUUUUAUCAUGAAGCUCAUCUAUCACUGAUUAUAAUGAGUGUUGUACCAUUGGCUAUAAUGUUGAAUAUGCUUUCAAAUAAGCUUACGACGAAAUCUGAUGUCAUUUUAUCCGACAAAAUUUCCCAAACAAUUCAAUUAGAGAAAGAGUUACUGUUGAAAAAAAAUUUCAAUGACAAAAUAGCAAACGAUGAACAUUUGAUGAGAUUAUCAUCAGAAGUAAGAAACUGUACCCGAUAUGCUAUCCUACAUCAAGUUUGGAAAAGUUCCCAUUGCGGAAUUCUAUCUUUUACAAUCUUCACAUUUAUCGGCUGUGGAAUGCUUUAUGGCGGUUAUCUUCUUGAUGCUAACCCAACAAUGAAGGAAGGCGAUGUAUUCAUUAUUGUAUUAUUGAUGGCACUCACUGUAGAUAGUAUUUCAACCACCAUCACAUAUCACUACCUCAUCAAGAACGGUGUCCGUGCUGCAUUGUAUAUUUGGAAUCUUCAACAAUUUGAUUAUGAAUUCAUGUUAAUUCCAUACGGAAAUCGACAUUGUUCGAUGGAUGAAAUAAUCGUAAAACUAAUCACCGUCCCAGAAUUCAAGAAGUCAGUGAUUUCUCCAGAAAAAAAUUCUAUCAUUCGAUUUAUAAGUGGCACCAGAAGUGUUUUGCGCAAUUAUCAUAAUCAUAAAUUGUUUCUUCUUUUCGGUUUCAUCUUGGCUAUUAUACAUGGGUUCGAACAAGCGGCAUAUAACAUAGUUAUUGGACAAAUUUUCAUAGCAAUGCUUGGUGGCACCCCAAACAUUCAUCUCUUAACUGUUUGCGCUAUUCAGUUAUCCGCUAUUGGUUUUGCUGUUUUCAUAUCACGAACCACAUCGACUGUAUUGGCAGCUGUGGCUUCUGAACAUAUGGCUGUAUCAUUUCGGGUUAUUCUUUUUCGUCAGUUGUUAAAAAUGGCUGAUAAAGAACCAUUUAAUAAAUCAAAAAUUAAUACUUUGGUAGAUGAAAAUAUUUCACUGACAUCUGAAGCAAAAUCGCUCUAUCAUCCACAUUUAUCAGAAUUAAUGACACGGAUAACCUCAAUGAUAAUAAAUAUCAUUCUUGGUUUCAUUUAUAGUUGGGAAAUAGCCUUGCUUGGACUUAUUUUCAUUGUUUUAUGCUUUUUGGUGCAAAUCGAAAUGGAAUUCGAAGUAUUAACUUAUUGUAACAAACGUACAAAUAAUCAACGUAUUCAGAAAAAAAUGAAAGUACUGAAAUCAUGUAAACAUUCUGCGCUUCGAGCGGUAAAUUUUUCAAUUGUGCAAACAUUUGGAUUUGCGCUGAAAGCUAUUUGCUAUGCAUUGACUGCAUUUAUUUGCUACAACGAAUAUAAGCAUCAAGCACAAGCAUUUGUGAGUGUAAUUACACUAUUUGCUACAAGUCAAGAAGUUGUACAAUUGCCAAACCUUAUCAGAAAACUUUGUAAAUCAUGGCGAGCAGUUGAUCAAAUAUUUGCUUACAUGGAUGGUAAAUCAUCCAGAAACUGUAUGUCUUCCAUUCCAAGAAGUAUUAGAUCAAAAUUGUUGAAAUCAUUUGCUCUACCAGAGCUAGAUGACGCCAAGAAUAAAAGCGUAUAUGUUGAGGUGAGCACAAAUCACUAA